CCUAUCUUAAUCUUAAUAUUUGCUGUAAAUCUAAAUAUCAAUCAAAUUUUAACAAAUUAAUAAUUAGUUUGUAGGCAGAGUAUACGUACGUACGUGAAGGCCAUCAAGAAUUAAAGAAGAAAAUUAACGACAAUGUCCAACGAAAAAGAUAGAGAAAACCAUGUUUACAUGGCUAAGCUCGCCGAACAAGCCGAACGUUAUGAAGAGAUGGUUGAAAGUAUGAAAAGUGUUGCAAAACUAGAUGUGGAACUUACUGUUGAAGAGCGCAACCUGCUUUCAGUCGGUUACAAGAAUGUCAUUGGUGCAAGGAGGGCAUCUUGGCGUAUUAUGUCAUCCAUUGAACAGAAGGAGGAAUCAAAAGCAAACGAGAGCAAUGUUAACCUGAUCAAGGGCUAUCGCAAAAAGGUUGAGGAUGAGCUUGCCAAAAUUUGCAGUGACAUUCUCGAUAUCAUAGAUAAGCAUUUGAUACCCUCUUCUGGCUCAGGGGAAGCCACUGUUUUCUACUACAAGAUGAAAGGUGACUACUUCCGUUACUUGGCUGAGUUCAAGACCGACCAGGAAAGGAAGGACGCUGCUGAACAGUCCCUUAAGGGCUAUGAGGCUGCUUCUGCUGCUGCAAAUACAGAGCUUCCUUCAACCCACCCAAUUCGUCUUGGCCUAGCUCUCAAUUUCUCAGUGUUCUACUAUGAAAUUAUGAAUUCUCCUGAGAGGGCCUGCCAUUUGGCUAAACAAGCUUUUGAUGAGGCAAUUGCCGAGUUGGACUCCUUAAGUGAAGAAUCCUACAAGGAUAGCACUUUGAUCAUGCAGCUCUUGAGAGAUAACCUCACUUUGUGGACCUCUGAUUUACCUGAGGAUGGAGGUGACGAUAGCCAGCCCAAGGGCGAAGAAUCCAAAUCAGCUGAAUCCGAGGAGAAGCAGCAGUAAUGGGAGGUAAAGAUCAAGCCGACGGCAAGCAGUAGCCAUAGUGCUUUUACCAGCUUGUUUACACAGCAUUCUUGCUGGAAAAACUUAGUAUCUUUUUAAACAAAAGGAAACAAACUAUUAUCUUGUUUUGGGUCAUCAAAGCUUCUACAAUAUUAACAUUUUUUAUCCAUAUUGCUGCCUGGUCUUUGGAUCUUGUUUGAGUUUCUUUUUGUUGAUCUCAUAAGAGCUUU